GUAUGAUACAUAGCCAAAGCCAAAACCCCUUUACAGUAGGAUAGAAUUGCCCUUCUCUGUAGAAUAAGAUGACCUUUCUCUUAUUUUAUUUUUCUUUUCAAUUGCGAAUAGUGGGUGUUUGUGUCCAUGUCUUCUUGUGAGUUGAAAGGGUCACUACAACAACAAUCUUACAAUCUGUGGAAACUUUCCCUUCUCUUAUCACUUUUGCUCUCUCGCUUUUACUGAAAAUAUGUUUGUGGCUGAGGCAGUUGGAUCUUCCUUCCUUGGUGUGUUGAUUGACAAAUUGAUCGCCUCCCCGCUGUUAGAGUACGCUCGCCGGAAAAAAGUUGACACAACACUCCAAGAAUGGAGGAGGACGUUGACCCAUAUUGAAGCAGUGCUAGAUGAUGAUGAGAACAAGCAGAUCAGGGAGAAAGCAGUGGAAGUUUGGCUGGAUGACCUCAAAUCUUUGGCUUAUGACAUUGAAGAUGUGGUGGAUGAGUUUGAUACUGAAGCCAAGCAAAGGAGUUUGACAGAAGGCCAUCAAGCCAGCACAAGUAAGGUACGCAAGCUCAUCCCAACUUUUGGUGCUUUGGAUCCUAGAGCUAUGUUCUUCAACAAAAAGAUGGGUGAAAAAAUAAACAAAAUCACAAGGGAGUUAGAUGCGAUUGCCAAACGGAGACUUGACUUUCAUCUGAGGGAGGGUGUUGGAGGGGUGUCGUUUGGAAUUGAAGAAAGGCUACCAACUACUUCUUUAGUAGAUGAGUCUCGUAUUCAUGGUAGGGAUGCUAAUAAGGAGAAGAUCAUUGAAUUGAUGCUGUCAGAUGAAGCAACCCAGCUCGAUAAAAUUUCUGUCAUUUCCAUAGUCGGAAUGGGCGGGAUUGGCAAGACAACCCUCGCUCAGAUCAUCUACAAAGACGGCAGGGUGGAGAACCGUUUUGAAAAGAGAGUUUGGGUUUGUGUUUCAGAUGAUUUUGAUGUUGUAGGGAUAACAAAAGCAAUUCUCGAGUCCAUCACAAAACGUCCAUGUGAAUUUAAAACCUUGGAAUCGCUUCAAGAAAAAUUGAAGAAUGAAAUGAAGGAGAAAAAUUUUUUCCUUGUUCUAGAUGACGUAUGGAACGAGAAACCCCCCCGUUGGGAUCUCCUACAAGCUCCUUUUAAUGUCGCAGCACGAGGCAGCGUGGUCUUAGUAACAACUCGCAAUGAAACUGUGGCAUCAAUUAUGCAAACAAUGCCUUCUUGUCAGCUUGGUCAACUAACUGAUGAACAAUGUUGGUUAUUGUUAUCACAACAGGCCUUCAAAAAUCUAAAUUCAGAUGCAUGUCAAAACUUGGAAUCGAUUGGUUGGAAGAUAGCAAAAAAAUGCAAAGGUUUGCCUUUGACGGUGAAGACUCUUGCAGGUUUAUUACACUCUAAACAAGAUAGCACUGCUUGGAAUGAAGUGUUAAACAAUGAUGUAUGGGAUUUGCCAAAUGAGCAAAAUAAUAUUCUUCCUGCUUUGAAUUUGAGUUAUUGUUAUCUUCCUACAACAUUGAAGCGAUGUUUUGCAUAUUGUUCCAUAUUCCCCAAGGAUCAUGUGUUUGACAGGGAAAAGUUAGUAUUGUUAUGGCUGAAGGCUUCUUAGAUGGCUCCAAAAGAGGGGAAGCUAUAGAAGAGUUUGGGAGCAUAUGUUUCGAUAAUUUAUUAUCAAGACGUUGAUGCUAUCAGAGUGUAGAUAUCUUGUUGAUUUGCCAACAAAAAUGGGAAGACUAAUCAACUUACGUCAUCUCAAAAUCAAUGGGACUAAUCUAGAAAGGAUGCCGAUAGAAAUGAGUAGAAUGAAAAAUCUUCGAACGUUGACUACUUUUGUUGUCGGUAAGCAUACAGGAUCAAGAGUUGGGGAAUUGAGGGACCUUUCACACCUUAGUGGUACACUUGCCAUUUUCAAGUUGAAAAAUGUGGCGGAUGCUAGAGAUGCCUUGGAGAGUAAUAUGAAGGGUAAGGAGUGCCUUGACAAGUUAGAAUUGAAUUGGGAAGAUGAUAAUGCAAUUGCCGGUGAUUCACAUGAUGCAGCAAGUGUGCUGGAAAAGCUGCAGCCUCAUAGCAACCUGAAAGAACUCUCCAUUGGAUGCUACUAUGGUGCAAAAUUUUCAAGCUGGUUAGGGGAACCUUCAUUCAUCAACAUGGUGCGUCUACAACUCUCUAACUGUAAAAAUUGUGCAUCCUUGCCACCGCUUGGACAGCUACGGUCUCUCCAGAACCUCUCCAUUGUGAAGAAUGAUGUUCUGCAAAAGGUGGGGCAGGAGUUUUAUGGGAAUGGGCCUUCUUCAUUUAAGCCAUUUGGAAGCCUGCAGACUCUGGUGUUCAAGGAGAUAUCAGUGUGGGAGGAAUGGGAUUGUUUUGGAGUCGAAGGGGGGGAGUUCCCUCGUCUCAAUGAGCUCCGUAUUGAGUAUUGUCCAAAGCUGAAAGGGGAUUUGCCCAAGCACCUUCCUGUUUUAACAAGCCUGGUAAUUUUAGAAUGUGGGCAAUUGGUGUGUCAGCUUCCAGAGGCACCGUCCAUUCAGAAACUGAAUUUAAAAGAAUGUGAUGAGGUAGUGUUGAGAAGUGUUGUCCACCUGCCUUCAAUAACUGAGUUGGAAGUGAGUAAUAUUUGUUCCAUACAAGUGGAAUUUCCAGCAAUUUUGCUUAUGCUCACAUCUCUCCGGAAGUUGGUUAUCAAGGAAUGUCAGAGUCUUUCCUCUCUUCCAGAGAUGGGGCUGCCCCCCAUGCUUGAAACCCUUCGAAUAGAAAAGUGCCACAUUCUAGAGACCCUACCAGAGGGAAUGACUCAAAAUAAUACCAGUCUCCAGAGCUUGUACAUAGAUUGUGAUUCUCUUACGUCUUUGCCCAUCAUCUAUUCAUUGAAAUCACUUGAAAUAAUGCAGUGUGGGAAAGUAGAGUUACCCCUUCCUGAGGAGACCACACACAACUAUUACCCUUGGCUUACCUAUUUACUUAUAACUAGAAGUUGUGAUUCUCUUACGUCCUUUCCAUUAGCCUUCUUCACAAAGCUUGAGACACUUAAUAUCUGGGGUUGUACAAAUCUGGAGUCCCUUUACAUUCCAGAUGGAGUUCGCAACAUGGAUCUCACAUCUCUCCAAAGCAUAUAUAUUUGGGAUUGCCCGAAUCUGGUGUCUUUUCCACAAGGAGGAUUGCCAGCUUCCAACCUGAGAUCCCUUUGGAUCCGCAAUUGCAUGUAGCUUAAGUCACUGCCCCAACGGAUGCACACCCUCCUUACAUCGCUUGACGAUUUGUGGAUACUUGAUUGUCCAGAAAUUGUUUCAUUUCCGGAAGGGGAUUUGCCGACUAAUCUAUCUUCACUUGAGAUAUGGAACUGCUACAAGCUUAUGGAAUCUCAAAAGGAAUGGGGCUUACAAACACUUCCCUCCCUUAGAUAUUUGACUAUCAGGGGAGGUACAGAAGAAGGGUUGGAGUCAUUUUCCGAGGAGUGGCUGUUGCUGCCCUCCACUCUCUUCUCUUUCAGUAUUUUUGACUUUCCAGAUCUGAAAUCCCUGGACAAUCUGGGGCUUCAAAACCUCACAUCUCUCGAAGCACUCCGGAUUGUUGACUGCGUUAAGUUAAAGUCCUUUCCGAAACAGGGGCUGCCCUCCCUCUCUGUUCUCGAGAUUCAUAAAUGUCCUCUGCUGAAAAAACGGUGCCAAAGGGACAAAGGGAAAGAAUGGCGCAAGAUUGCUCAUAUCCCCAAGAUAGUUAUGGAUGCCGAAGUCAUCGUCUCGUGAGGAUGCCAAGUUUCAUUCAGGCGGUGAUCCAUGACCUCCCUUGAAAAUUUGGUGUUAGAUUGAGUACAAGAACUCACCACUUGCUGAGGUACAGUUGUCACCACUUGGGGAGUGAAGAGAAGGAUGCAUUAUGUGAAAUUUAUUAGAUCCUUGAUUGUAUUGUGUUAUGGGAAACUGAAGGCAUUUACAUUUGGUAGGUUGUUAACUCUCACAAGUCUUUGAUGGAAAAUGCUCCUAUUUCUUGGGAGUUCUAGAGGGGGUUUAGCAGCUUUCUUUUGUCUGCAAGGGACUUUUUAUGGCAUUGAAGGUUAAUUGUUAUCUAGAAAACCAAGUACCAGACUACAUUAAUCUUCACUAUGUUCUAGUUGGAUGAAACUUUCUAAGAAAAUAUUCUUAACAAAUCAUCAUUUAUAUGCUUUGCUUUUAUGUAGACUUUCAUUGAUAUUUUUA